GUUUUUUAACCUUCAAAGACGCUGUCGCAAUGCGUUGGCUCCUAAAUUCGUGGCUUUUGCUAAUCUUAGCCCUUUUUGGCCAAUCAUGGGGCUAUUCCUACCUGAUGAUCAGCCAUACUGCAUCGAAAUCGCACUACGCCGUCUGCUUUGCAUUGGCCAAAGGAUUAGCCGCCGCCGGUCAUGAAGUCACUUUGGUAUCGCCAUUUCCCCAAAGGAAGCCCAUUAAGAACAUAAUUGAUGUGGAAACGCCGAAUAUUAUCACCGUGAUGGGCGUUUACAAAGCGCGAAUUCUGGAGAAUGCCAAAAAGCCGGUUCUAUUGCGAUAUCCAAGAAUCAGUUUAAUGGGCUUGGAUAUAACAGAAAGUCUUUUAAAGGAGCCGAAAGUACAGGAGCUAUUAAAACAAAACCGCACAUUCGAUGGAGUAAUCUGUGAGACUUUCAUGAAUGACGCCCACUACGGUUUUGCAGAACAUUUCGGAGCUCCACUGAUCACUCUGAGCAGCUUGGGUGCCACUGGUUGGACCUCUGAUCUGGUGGGCACACCCUCGCCACCAUCGUAUGUGCCACACUCAUUGCUGCGGUUCGGGGAUCGCAUGAAUUUCUGGGAAAGGGCUCAGAAUUUGGGAUUCCAGAUAUACGAAUUUGCCUAUGAGAAUUUGAUUAAUCUACCAAGACAUGAAGCACUGUACCGAAAGUAUUUCCCUAACAACAAACAGGACUUUUAUAGGAUGCGCAAGGAUACGUCAUUGGUGCUACUUAACAAUCAUGUAUCGAUCAGCAAUCCACGGCCCUAUUCGCCAAACAUGAUCGAAGUGGGCGGAAUGCACGUGAAUCGAAAGGCACCAAAGCCACUGCCCCAAAAUAUUCGCAAAUUCAUCGAAGAAGCCGAGCAUGGGGUUAUCUAUUUUUCAUUGGGCUCCAAUCUGAACAGCAAAGAUUUACCGGAGAACAAGCGAAAGGCCAUUGUGGAGACGCUAAGGGGACUCAAGUACCGAGUUAUUUGGAAGUACGAGGAGGAAACCUUUGUCGACAAACCGGAUAAUGUUCUCAUAUCGAACUGGUUACCGCAGGACGAUAUCCUGGCACACGAAAAAGUGAUUGCCUUUAUAACCCAUGGAGGACUUUUGAGCACAAUGGAAUCGAUUUACCAUGGCAAGCCCGUCGUGGGUAUUCCCUUCUUUGGCGAUCAGUUCAUGAAUAUGGCAAGAGCCGAGCAAAUGGGCUAUGGCAUCACGGUGAAGUAUGCCCAACUAACGGCUUCACUAUUCCGAUCCGCCAUCGAAAGGAUUACUAGUGAUCCUAGCUUCACGGAAAGGGUUAAGGUGAUAUCCAGUCAAUAUCGGGACCAAAAGGAGACUCCACUGGAACGAGCUGUUUAUUGGGUGGAGCAUGUGACUCGGCAUAAAGGAGCCAAGUACCUGAGAAGUGCCUGCCAGGAUCUGAACUUCAUCCAAUACCACAAUCUGGAUGUUCUGGCGACAUUCUUUUCGGUCAUUGGAUUGACCGUUAUUUUCGUCUUUCUAUUAGUUCGGUUUUUAGUUACUAUUGUAAACGGCUUUCUAUAUAAACCUAGUUCGAAGCUAAAAAUUAACUAG